AACCAAACCAAACCGAAUCAGAGCAAAUCACACUAAACGAGACGAAGAAAACAGAGCUCAAGUCUAUACAGAAAUCAGUAUGCAGGUUGCAAACUUGCAACACCAUGAAUUCCCUCCUUCACCAAAUAUCGAAGAAACCCAAAAGACGAUUUUUAUGUGGAAAGUUUAUUUCCUCUGUUGCUACCUUUGAAAACCCAUCAAAUUUCUCUGCAACUUUUGACGUUUUUCCCAGAAAUAAUAUCGACAUAUAUCAGAUUUUUGCUUCAUGGAACAAAUCAAAGGUAAAUACAAUAUGGGACGCAAGAAUUUUACAUACCCAUUUGAUAAAAUCUGCCAUAUUUGACGCUGAUUUCUUUAUUUCAAACUCUUUGCUGAAUUUGUACUUGAAACUUUCUGCUGUUGAUAAUGCAGUCCAACUGUUUGAUGAAAUGCCUAGCCCAAAUUUUGUUUCUUGGAAUGUUAUGAUUUCAGGGUUUAAUAAUAAUUUUUUGUAUGAUGAUGCUUGGAGGUACUUCUGCCGCAUGAGGUCAAUGGGUUAUGGGAGCAAUCAGUAUGCUUAUGGGAGUGUUAUAUCUGCUUGUAGUGGUUUAGGGUCUUUGUUGUAUGGUACAAUGGUUUAUUCAUUGACUCUGAAAGAUGGGUUCUUUUCAAAUGGGUAUGUUCGUUCUGGUUUGAUUGAUCUCUUUUCGAAGAAUAGACGUAUUGAAGAUGCCUUUCGGUUGUUUAAUGAUUGGCCUUAUGAAGAGAAUGUGGUUUGCUGGAAUAGCAUGAUAAAUGGGGCCGCGAAAAAUGGGGUUCAUGUAAUGGCUAUAGAGCUCUUUCAUCGAAUGCGACAGUGUGCUGUAAUUCCUAAUAGUAUUACAUUUUCUGGUGCUUUAGGUGCUUGCAUUGCACUAGAGAACGAUGAUAUGGGAAAGAAGGUUCAUGGAUUGGUGAUUAAACAUGGUGCAGGGCAAGAUGUAUUUGUAGGUACUGGUAUUAGUGAUUUAUAUUCCAAAUGUGGACUUGUGGAUGAGGCUGCAAAGAACUUCUUCAGAAUGCCGGUUCAAAAUGUAGUAUCGUGGACUGCUAUGAUUUCUGGUUAUGUUAAAAAAGGUGAUGUUCUUUCUGCUAUUAGGUUAUUUAUGGAAAUGAGAAAAGUUGGGGUUGAAGUGAACAAAUAUACUGUCACUAGCAUACUCAGUGCAUGUGCCAAGCCACACAUGGUUGAUGUAGCUAUGCAAAUGCACUCAUGGAUUAUUAAAUCUGGUUUGACUGCGGAUUCAGCGGUGGUCGCUUCCAUGAUUAGUACAUACUCCAAAGCUGGAGAAAUAAAUCUAUCUGAAUUGCUGUAUCUAGAGCAGGAUGACUAUGAAGAUAAAGGUGUAUGGAAUGUCAUGAUAUCUUCUUUUGCUCAAAAUAAGAAAAUGGAGAAGGCCAUGAACUUGUUUUGCAAAAUGUUGCUGAUUGGUUCUAAACCAGACAACUUCUCAAUUAGUAGUAUUUUGAGCAUCAUAGACUGUCUAUACACAGGGAGGCAGAUACAUUCCUACACACUUAAAACCGGUUUGGUCUUUGAUCUUUGUGUAGGUAGCUCACUCUUUACCAUGUACUCAAAAUGUGGUCGUUUGCUAGAAUCUUAUGAAGUUUUCCUACAGCUUCCUGACCGAGACAUUGUUUCAUGGGCUUCAAUGAUUUCUGGUUUUGCUGAACAUGGAUAUGCUCAUCAAGCCAUCCAGUUGUUCAGAGAGAUGCUGUUUGCAGAGAACAGACCAGAUCAAGUGACUCUCUUGGGAGUUCUGGUAGCUUGCUCCUCCCCUGUUAUUUCUCUUAUUGGCAAGGAAGUACAUGGCUAUGUUUUCCGUGCGGGACUUUGCAAAGAGAGCUUGAUUGGAGGGGCACUUGUAAAUAUGUAUUCAAAAUGUGGCAGUCUAGAGUUAGCGAGGAGAGUGUUUGACAUGAUUCCUAAAAAAGAUCAAGUUGUUUGCUCUGCAUUAGUUUCAGGGUAUGCCCAAACCGGAGACAUUCAAGAAGCGUUGUCUGUUCUCCAUGGGAUGCGGGUGGCUAAUCUCCGAGUUGACUCCUUCACAGUUUCAUCUAUUCUUGGGUCUGAUGCUCUUCUGAAAAUGACUUACAUUGGGAUUCAAUUGCAUUCUCUCAUCUUAAAAGUAGGUUUGGAGUCUGAUGUUUCUAUUGGUAGUUCACUAAUUACAAUGUACUCAAAAUGUGGAAUUGUUGAUGAUUGUCGUAAAGCUUUCGAUCAGAUAAUAAAACCUGACUUGAUUAGCUGGACAACUAUGAUAGUGAGCUAUGCGCAACAUGGAAAAGGUGCAGAGGCCUUAAAACUUUACGAAGCUAUGAUAAGUGAAGGCUUGGAACCUGAUGCUGUGUCAUUCACUGGUGUUUUAUCUGCUUGUGCUCAUGCUGGUUUGGUGGAAGAAGGAUAUUCUUAUCUGAACUCCAUGUCCAAAGACUAUGGGAUUGAACCAAACCUUCGUCAUUAUGCAUGCAUAGUUGAUAUUCUUGGGCGCUCUGGAAGACUGGAAGAAGCAAGAUGUUUUAUCUACAAUAUGCCUAUAAAGCCGGAUGCCUUGAUUUGGGAAACAUUGUUGGCUGCCAGCAAACUACAUGGUGAUGUUGAAAUUGGAAGGCUAGCAGCCAAAAAGGUUAUUGAUUUGGAACCAUCUGAUUCUGGGGCUUAUAUAUCAUUAUCAAACAUGUGUGCUGAUAUUGGACAGUGGGAUGAAGUGGAAGAUAUUAGAGAUCAAAUGAAGAGAACUAGGUUAAGCAAGGAACCUGGGUGGAGCCUCGUGUGAUUCACUGUUCUAGUGUCUGUAAUGCUGGACUUGAACCUAGCAGGAAAAACUGUUUGGGGAAUUGGGAUACUUCUUAAGCUAAUAAAGUCAAAUUGGAAUGGCAAAAUACGUGAGAGGUGACUUCACUUGUGAAAGAUGACAAGUGUAAGGAACAAGUAGUAUACCCCAGUUCUCGUACUUCGGCUAAAGUAAAAGAGGAAGUCCCCAAAAUUCAAGGAGAAAUCGAAGAGAUUGCUCAGAUGCAAAAUUAAAUGGUCUGAAGUGCGGGUUGCUUACUGUCAGGAUAUGAUUCCGUUUCUAUGAGAUACCUGUCAGAGAAUACGAGCUGAUCCUACCCUCGCAGAGAUCUUAAAGAAGGGUCAUCCAAUUAAAGAUGGUACAUUCGUUGAUGCCAAGUCUCGUAAACUGUGCUUUCUGUUUCUGUUGAGGAAAAUUUGACUCCAGAUGAAAGAGUUGUUUCGUAUAUCGAAACAGCCGUACUACUACUUCCCCGGAAGGACAUACAAUUCAUUUCAACGGAUUACUCUAAGGUCACUUUCAGGUUGAUUUCUACUCGAAGUUCUUAUUAUAACAUAUCAUAAACUACAUUAUGCAAAUUGAUUAAAUCAGGUCAACUUCGGGUUAUUUGAAAUAAAAAGGAAAGUGUCAACUUCAGUAUUUCGUGUCUAACAUACUUUACUUCGACUAUCUUUUG